AUGAAUCCGAAAGAAUACGCUUCUUCUAACAUGCUGCAAAGAAGCAAUGUAUCGAAUUUAAUCGACGAGUUUGAAGAGGAAUUAAUACAAAUAUCUGGGAAAUGUAUGGACGUCGGUUGUGGUCCCGGUGAUAUAACGAAAGACAUCCUCUUGCCGGCUUUAAAUCCAAAUGCGGUAAUAUUAGGUACCGAUAUUUCGGAGGAUAUGAUCGAGUUCGCAAAGAAAACACACGGAAGUAACAAAAGACUCAAAUUUGAAGUAUUAGAUAUCCAAACUAAAAAUUUGCCUAAAAAAUAUAUUUCUGGAUUUGAUUAUAUAUUCUCGUUUUAUACUUUACAUUGGUGUUAUGAUAUUCGGCAAGCAUUUGAGAAUAUUUAUGAUAUGCUUCGACCUGGUGGAAAUAUACUUGUAAAUUUAGUAGCAUUUCAUGAUAUACACGAUAUUAUGAAUAAUCUGCUUCGAGAUAUUCGUUUUGCACCAUAUAUACAUGAUAUCAAAAAUUAUACUGCGCCAUAUAAUAACUCAAGCUAUCCUCAUAAAGAACUGAAAAAUAUACUGAAAAAUAUCGGAUUUAAGGUUUGCCAUUGCAGUCUUCGAGAAACGGCAUAUUCCUCUAAAGAUUCAGGCAAUUUUAUAUCUUCGAUAUUGUCCGUCUGUUCAUUUUUGAACAAGAUGCCACAUCAUCUAAUAGAAGAAUACAAAAACAAACUUACAUGUGAAUUUUUGAAAAAAAGAUUCUUUAUAAAACAACACAGAAUAAUCAGGAGCAAACACUUGUGUUAG